CCCAGCCCGGGUGGGGACCGUCUGCGGCGGCUGCAACCAGCCCCGGGCUCUGCCCGCCCCAGCCCCCGAGCCGGAGCCUGCAGGUGCUUUAAAGGAGCCGGCUGCGUGUUCCCGAUGGAGAAGUGGCUCUUCCUAGAUCCUCGGCAGAGGGCCCUGUACAGAGAUGUCAUGCAGGAGAGCUACGAGACCCUGAUGUCCCUCAAAUAUCCCAUCCCUAAACCGGAUGUGAUCUCCCGGCUGGAGCAAGGGGAAGAGCCGUGGGUCUCCCCGGAUCUCCAGGGCUCUGGGGGAAGGGACCUCCCAAGAGGCGCCAGCCCAGGGACCGCGAGCGAGACCGAGAGGGAGGCUCCGCGGCCAGGAGGCCCCGAGACGGCAUCAUCGGAAAGCAGCCGGGGGAAGGUGGCCCGCAAUCCCAAAGGGGGCAAAGCUGGCAGGUCCGGAGGCCAGCAGGGAAAGCCGCCGGGGAAGAGACGGGGCAGAGAAGCUCCGUGCAACGGAGGCUUCAAGAAAGUCCGGGAUGGGGCAGCCCCGCGGAGAGGCCGAUCGGGGGAGAGCCCCGAAGCCAGGCUCAGCGUGGACGGUAGCAGGCAACGUCCUGCGGGAGAGGAGCCCUCCCUGUGCCCAGAGUGUGGGGAGAGCUUUACGGAGAGCUCCGCCCUCCUUACCCACCAGAGAUCCCACACGGGGCAGGGCUCCUACCCGUGCCCGGAGUGUGGGGAGAGCUUCAUCGAGAGCUCCGCCCUCCUUACGCACCAGCAGUCCCACGCGGGGCAGGGGCAGGAGCCCGGCCCGCGACGCCGGCCCCAGGCCCCCGGCGGGAAGCGUUACCGCUGCUCGGAGUGCGGGGAGCGCUUCCGGGUGAGCUCCCACCUGGCCACCCACCUGCGCCUCCACACUGGGAUCAAGCCCUUCCAAUGCGCCGACUGUGGGAAGGGCUUCGACUGGGGCUCGCACUACGCUCGGCACCGGCGGCUGCACACCGGCGAGCGGCCCUUCCAGUGCGCCGACUGUGGUAAAUGUUUCGGGCGCAGCUCCCACCUCUACCGGCACCAGCGGGCCCACGCCGGCGGGAAGCCCCUGGAGUGCCCGGACUGCGGCAAGGCCUUCAACAGCAGCGCCUUCUUCCACAAGCACCAGCGGGCCCACGCCGCCCCCCGCCAGCCCCACCGCUGCCCCGAGUGUGGGGAGAGCUUCCCCCGCAGCGCUGCUCUGGCCCGGCACCGCCGGAGCCACCGGGGCGACAAACCCUUCCGGUGCGGGGACUGCGGGAAAGGCUUUGCCUGGAGCUCCCACCUGGAGCGGCACCGGCGCGUCCACACCGGCGAGCGGCCCCACACCUGCGGGGAGUGCGGGGAGGCUUUCAGCCAAAGUGCCCACCUGGUGAAACACAAGCGGGUGCACACAGGCGAGAGGCCCUAUGGGUGCCCGGACUGCGGGAAGAGCUUUGGGGACAGCUCGGCGCUGGCCAAACACCGGGGGUGCCAUGCCAGCGGGGGGAGACGCCGCCUGGCUGUGAAACGCCCGGCGGCAGAGAGACCCCAUCGGUGCGGCGACUGCGGGAAAAGUUUUGCUCGGAGCGCGGCGCUGGUGAGGCACCGGAAAAGCCACACGGAGAGGCAACCCAGUGGUGGGGAGAGCUCAGCCCAGACGAGCCCCCUGAGGGAGAACUCCUCCCAUCCCUGCCCCGACUGCGGGAAAAACUUCCCUCGAGCCUCCCAGCUGGACAGACACCGGCGCCUCCUCCACACGGCGGGUCAGCCCCACCGGUGCCCACAGAGCGCAGCGCUGGCCAAGCAUCGCCGGGGCGACAGACCCUUCCGGUGCGGCGACUGCGGGAAAGCCUUCACCUGGAGCUCGCACCUGGAGCGGCACCGGCACGUGCACACCGGCGAGCGGCCCCACACCUGCGGGGAGUGCGGGGAGGCCUUCAGCCAGAGCGCCCACCUGGUGAAACACAGGCGGGUGCACGCAGGCCAGCGGAAGAGCUUUGGGGACAGCUCGGCGCCGGCCAAGCACCGGGCCGGCAAAGAGGACGCCUCCCACCGCUGCGGCGACUGCGGGAAAAGUUUCAGCUGCAUCACAGACCUCGACCGGCACCAGCCUUCCCAUGCGGCGGAGAAACCCUACCGGUGCGGGGACUGUGGGAAAAGCUUCAGCCAGGCACCGGCGCUGGCCAGGCACCGGCGGCUCCACGCCGCUGGGGGGAAACCCUUCCGCUGUGCUGACUGUGGGAAGGGCUUCGCCUGGAGCUCCCACUGGGAGCGGCACCGGCGCGUCCACACCGGUGAAAAGCCUUUCCAGUGCGCCGACUGUGGGAAAUGCUUUGGCCGUAGCUCCCAUCUCUACCGGCAUCAGAGGAACCACCCCGGAGAGAAACCCUCCUCCCAAGGGGCUGAGUAAGGGGGAACACGACCACCAGGAAGGGACCCUAAUGAGACAACAGGGAAACCAACCCCAGGAACCCUCCUGCCAAAGGUGCAACUAAGGGGGAAGGUGUCUGCCAGGGACGAGAUAACAAGGAGUCCGCCUAGGAGAGGAACCCCUUUGAAUUCAAUCCGUAUUAGGGCUAAGAGAUCCAAUCCACGCGCUAACCGGGGAUAACACUCCUCCAUCACACGUGUUCGGCUGCCCCCUGCCGCUUAUCAGCGACCCCCUGGCGGCCGGCACGCCAUGAAGCGGGAUCUCCUCCUCUCAUCCGAGUUGGAUGGGCAGCAGCAGGGGGAGGGAGGGAGACAGGGGAUGUGCUGUCACUUUCCCUACCCCACAUCGACCCCUGACGUCCACCCUCACGCAGGCCCUCUCCCCUGUCUCUAUCUCCCCUCCACCGGGCAGGUGUCAGGGCCGCCUCCCGCUCGUCCGUGGAUGAAAUAAAGGCUCGAGAGAGAAACUUGUCGCACAGAACAAUCCAUGACCCAGUGGUUGUUUCAAAGGAGGCACUGGACAGAAGGUGGGGAAAGGCAGAGGUGCCGCUUCUCAGCAGGCAGCACCCAGCACUCAGGCUCUCCGGAGGAGAGGAGACCAGGCUGCAAAGGUUGAAAUGGAGAACCCUGGAAAUGGGAGGCAGAACGGACCUGUGGGACUCACUGCUGCAGGAUAAGGGCGCAUUUCGGGAUGGCUUCCUGCAAGGGCUCACAGGCAAAGGGCUCGAAGUCCCAGGAGCAUUCGGGCCUUGGUGCCACAUUUACAUCGUCCCCCAUUAGCCGGAGUGUCGCGUUUAUACCAUUCCCUGUUAGCCAGAACACGUUCCCCAUUAGCUGAGCGAUUCUUAGACCUGCUGUGUCAGGGCACGUUUCAAAGCAGGAUCCAGGAUUUUCACCGGUGCCGACGUUGGGAGUCGAGUCUGGGAGACAAGAGGCUGAAAUGGGGAGAAGGAAGCGAGACCCUGAUCCCUUUAAUGGUUCCUGCUGCAGUCAGGAGGAAAGGGGGCAGGAGGAGGGAGGCGGGAGCUGGUCGAAAUGCUGGGUUUGAACCAGAGACAGCCAGAGUUAAAAGCAUGAGUAGCUGCUACCUCUUGAUUUAAAGCUUUGAGUCUGGCUCUGUCCCCAUGGAAUACUGGAAUACCGCGUACAGAUGGGGUCUCCUCAUCCCAAAAAAGAUACACUGGCACUAGAAAAGGUUCGGAGAAGGGCAACUAAAAUGAUUAGGGGUUUGGAACGGGUCCCAUAUGAGGCGAGAUUAAAGAGGCUAGGACUCUUCAGCUUAGAAAAGAGGAGACUAAGGGGGGAUAUGCUAGAGGUAUAUAAAAUCAUGAGUGAUGUGGAGAAAGUAGAUAAAGAAAAGUUAUUGACUUAUUCCCAUAAUAGAAGAACUAGGGGUCACCAAAUGAAAUUAAUAGGCAGCAGGUUUAAAACAAAUAAAAGGAAGUUCUUCUUCACGCAGUGCACAGUCAACCUGUGGAACUCCUUGCCUCAGGAGGUUGUGAAAGCUAGGACUAUAACAGCGUUUAAAGUGGGGGGGAGAUGACGCCCCUUAGUGGGACCCGAAUCCAGGCUGGGUCCCGUCACUGAACACAGCUGGUCACCUGUCCUGGGUAGGGAUGUCAGAGACUGUCUGUGUCCCAUUCAGUCCCACAAACAUGCCCAGGGGGAUAAAAGCCUCAGCUGGGCUGGCAGAGAAGGGGUUAACACUGCCCUAUCCGGUCCCACUAGCAAUUGGAUCACUGAACUCCGCUUUCUCUGGGCAUUUGAAUUGUUGCCUAUUAGAGAACGGUGCGGCCUAGCACGUCAGGGACUGGCCUGUAAAUCAGGAGACCCGGACAAGACACGUACACUGCCCUAUGCCUCAGUUUCCCCUCUCUCCCUUUGUCUGUUUAGACUGUGAGCUCCUUGGGGCAGAGGCUGUGGGUUCAUCCAGCACAGGUUGGUCCUACAAUAUUCCAUCGUGUGCCCAGAACCCCAGCCGUUAGAAGUGAGGUCAUAGACUCCCCACCGCCUGUAAUUCUGUCUACACUGGAUCCCAGUCUGUCUCUCUCCACUGGUCUGUGCUUUCUCCAGCCACUCUGAAGAGCUGGAUUUCUGCUGAGGGGUGGGGGGGUCCCUGAGCAGCAAUGGGCUCUAGUUGUAAGGGUUUUAAAACAAUGGGUGUAUACGGGGAGGGUGGAAAUCUGUCUACUGAGGUUUGUUUAUGGGGGAUUCUAUUGAUUUCUUUUAAUAAGUAGCAGCUGCUGUAUUGGUGUCAUAUGAAUAAACUGUAACACAAUCGGA